CUUUAAACCCGACGCUCGUCGUCAUUCAAAGUCAAGUGAAGACGCCAUAACUGAAAAUUUCCACCGAAACGUUACGACAUUUUUCCUAUUCCUUAAAUUGUUGUCCUGCCUGUUCUUGAUUUUCAUCUUCAUUUUUACCGGUUUUUUCCCGUCUCGCUUCUCGACUUUCCAGUCUGAAUCCGAAAUGAUGAGGAGCUCGAAGGCGGCCGCACCGCUGUUCAUGCAGCUCGGUUUCCGUCUCUUCUCCACUACGACCGUCCGCACGGUUAUCAACGAACCGGCGAAUGGGAUUCUAACCGGAUUCCUCCAUGGGGGUGCGUCGGGGGUGCCGGUGAGGACAAGCGUGGCGUGGGUCAGGUUCCCCGUGCUGGGUGUACGGAACGAGAGCACCUUGGCUUUCAAGGAGGAAGAACAAGAGAAGAACGUAGAAAGUGUUUCUGCCGGUGGCCUCGCCAAGCAUCCGGAGGAAAAGGCGGUUGUGAGCUAUUGGGGCGUGCCUCCGUCGAAGAUGAUGAAGGAGGAUGGCACGGAGUGGAGGUGGAACUGCUUUAGGCCAUGGGAGACGUACAAAGCAGACCUGUCGAUCGAUCUAAAGAAGCACCACGCGCCCGUUACGUUCUUGGACAAGUUGGCUUACUGGACUGUCAAGGUUCUCAGAUACCCAACUGAUGUUUUCUUUCAGAGGCGAUAUGGGUGUCGGGCGAUGAUGCUUGAGACGGUUGCGGCAGUUCCGGGCAUGGUGGGAGGGAUGCUAUUGCAUUUGAAGUCGCUAAGGCGGUUCGAGCACAGCGGAGGGUGGAUAAAGGCAUUGAUGGAAGAAGCGGAGAACGAGCGGAUGCACCUGAUGACGUUCAUGGAGGUGUCGCAGCCCAAUUGGUAUGAAAGAGCGCUGGUUCUCACCGUUCAGGGUGUGUUCUUCCAUGCCUACUUCCUGGGUUACUUGAUUUCGCCAAAGUUCGCACACCGGGUGGUGGGGUAUCUGGAGGAGGAAGCGAUACACUCGUAUACGGAGUUCCUGAAGGAAUUGGACAAGGGAAACAUCGACAACGUGCCGGCUCCCGCCAUAGCCAUCGACUACUGGCAGUUGCCGCCGGACUCGACUCUCCGGGACGUGGUCAUGGUUGUGAGGGCCGAUGAGGCGCAUCAUCGCGAUGUGAACCACUUUGCAUCGGACAUUCACUACCAGGGGCAUGAGCUGAGGGAGUCUCCGGCUCCGAUUGGAUAUCACUGAGCUGUCGGAAUGGAGAGAUGGAGAAACCAUUGUUUGUUUUUACUUCAAUAAAAGAUGAAGAUAUUGUCCUGAAUUAAAAAAAAAAAAAAGUGAAGGAUCUAUUGAUGAGUUUUUGGAGGUAGUGCAUGGAAUUACUGAUUAAUAGUUUUCUACUGUAAAUAUAUGAUCGUGUAUAUGUUUAAAUGUUAUUGACUUGAUAUUGAACGCUCUUAUGCCA